AUGCCAGUGUUCACCUACACAGACCAGGGUGCUCUCCUUGAGGACCAGCCCUUUGUCCAAAGUGACUGUUUCUACCAUGGAUAUGUGGAGGGAGACCCAGAGUCCCUCGUGGCCCUGAGUAGCUGUUUUGGUGGUUUUAGAGGAAUGCUCCAGAUACAUGACAUUGCUUAUGAAAUCAAACCUCAAAAUCAUUCAGAUACAUUUGAACACGUGAUGUAUAGGAUGCAACGCAAGGAUACAUCCCCACCCUUGAGAUGUGGGUUAACAGAUGAAGAAAUAGAAUGGCAGCUAAAGUCUCUGGAGAGUGACAAUUCCACUUUGAUGCAGAGUGGGUUUGAAGGCUGGUGGACCCACAGGCGGUAUUUAGAACUGGCAGUGGUGGUGGAUCACAACAGGUAUGUUCAUAGCAACAGCAAUGCCUCAAAUGUGUAUGCAGAUGUGUGCACUGUUCUGAAUGGAAUAGAUUUCUUUUUAAAAUCACUGGAUGUGGAGGUGAUUUUAACUGGACUUGAGAUCUGGACUAACCAAAACCCCAUCCCAACAGAUAACAUAACUACUCUCUUAUCAGAUUUUUGCAGAUGGAAGAAAACCAGCGUUAUUAGUCGUGUGCCACAUGAUGUUGCUCAUAUUUUUGUAAAUCACGAUUACUCUGGUAUCCUUGGUAAGUCAAAUGUAGGAACAGUAUGUGAAAGAAAAAGUAAUUGUGGAAUUGACAGUUUUAUAAAUGAUGACCUGCAAGAAUUUGCUUAUAUUGUGACCCAUGAGCUGGGCCACAAUUUGGGGUUAACUCAUGAUAAGGACACAUGUACAUGUGGUGAUACUACUGGAUGCAUAAUGUAUGCUGGUAUAGUAAAUGCAACAAAGUUCAGCAAUUGCAGUUAUGCCUCUUUUUGGGGUGUUACCACCCAGCAAGUAAAGUGUUUACACAGUCCACCAAGUCAUGAUCAGGUCUUCACAUACCCACGCUGUGGAAACCAUGUGAUUGAGCCACAAGAAGAGUGUGACUGUGGCUCCUUAAAGUUGUGUGCAAAAGAUCCAUGUUGUCAGUCAAACUGUACUCUGAGACCUGGGGCUAACUGUGCCUCUGGGCUUUGCUGCAAAGACUGCAAGAUCUUGCCAGCAGGCACAGUGUGUAGAGCAGCCGAAAACAUAUGUGAUCUCCCAGAAUGGUGCAAUGGGACAUCUUAUCUUUGUCCAGAGGAUGUGUAUGUGCAGGGGGGCAUGCCAUGCCCAGGUGGUUACUGCUAUGAAAAGAGAUGCAAUAAUCGUGAUGAACAGUGUGGGAAAAUUUUUGGUAAAGGAGUCAAGAGUGCAAAUGACAGAUGCUACCAAGAGAUGAAUACACGAGGUGACCGUUUUGGUCACUGUGGCCUCCGUGAACACAUUUAUAUACAAUGUGAUGUUCAAAAUAUACUGUGUGGAAGGGUUCAGUGUGUGAACGUGAAUAAAAUUCCUCUUCUGAGUAAUCACAGUACUGUGCAUUGGACUUCUCUUGAUGGCAUCAACUGCUGGGGCACUGACUACCAUUUUGGGAUGACUAUUCCUGAUAUUGGUGAAGUGAAAGAUGGCACAGAAUGUGGUGCAAAGCAUAUCUGCAUCAAAAGGAGAUGUGUCCCUAUGUCAGAUCUGAAAAGUCCUUGUUCCCGUGAGUUCUGUAAAAUGAAUGGAGUCUGCAACAAUAAAGACCACUGCCAUUGCAAUCUUGGAUGGAGUCCCCCUAACUGUGGAGGUCCAGGUCUUGGAGGUAGUGUUGAUAGUGGCCCAGCACCCAAAAUAAUUGAAACAGGUAUGAGACAAUUUUGGUUGCUUCGUUUAAUACUUUUUUUAUUAGUUGCUUUUAUUUUGAUUUGUUUGAAGUACUGUGAAACAAGAGAAGUAAUGAAGGAGGCUGAAGAGAGCAGUGAAACAAUAAAGAUAAAUAAGGCUGAAAGCAUUACAGAGAGCAACAGGAAGGACACAAAUAAGGCUGAAAGCAUCACAGAGAGCAACAGGAAGGACACUAAAAUCAGCAAAAAGAGAAAAUCGACCAAGCAUAUAGGGAUUAUUGAUCCAAAUGAAAGUAAUCAGCCUAAAGUGAAUGAAAAAUCUCCAACUCCAUCUAAAAUAGUAAGAUCAGCAUCUAUGAAUCAGAAAGGAUUGCAAAGACAGAAAUCACAAAGACGGAAGUCCCUAAAAUUAUGA